AUGACUGCUAUACCUACACAGAAAGUCAACGACCUUGCUAGGGAUGGGUAUGGGAAAGGGAAGAGUGAAUAUUAUGAUAAAUCACGUCCUUCGUACAAACCCGAAGCGCUAGAGAUUGUCCAUAAAGCUCUCGGACCCAGGGAAUCCAUAAACGUUGUCGAAUUCGGUGCUGGAACAGGCAUAUUCACGCGCGCCCUCCUCUCGCACCCUUCCUUCCAAUCAACCAUCUCCGCACUCAAAGCCAUCGAGCCUAGUGAAGACAUGCGCGGCUUCUUCUCUAAAGCCGUUACGGACUCUCGAGUGAAUAUCGCGGAGGGGACGUUCGAUAGUGCAACGGGUGUGGAGGAUGGAUGGGCGGAUUUGAUUGUUACCGCUCAGGCGUUACAUUGGUGUCCCGACUACGAAGCUGCCGCCAGGGAAUUCGCGCGAGUCCUCAAACCAAACGGGAUAACAGCAUGUAUCUGGAACCUCGAAGACCGUGACCGCGCCCGCUGGGUUGCCAACCUCCGCGAUUCAUUCGAAGCCAACAAAAAUCGGCCUUCAUACUAUUCCGGACUCUGGCGUACCAUCUUCUCCACGCCAUCCUACGACCUGGACUUCUAUCCACACGAAGAAACCGUCUUUUCAUACACAAUUCCCGCCACCGAGCAGACUGUGCAAGGCCGCAUAUGUAGCAUUAGCUACAUGGCGAUCGAGCCUCCAGACGUACAGAAGAAGGCACGCGAAACGAUACAUGAGAUUGUUGAGAAGGAUGAGGAGAAAGUAUGGAUUGACAAAGAAAACGGAGUAUUUGAGUAUCCGUAUAAGACGUCCGUUGUUGUUUUUCGCAGGAAGUGA